AUGGGUGAGGAAGAAUCAGUUAAUACAGUUUCCAGAACUGACUCAAAUGGCAAUAUCACACCAGAGAAAACUUUAGAUGACAUGGGUGAUAAGAAGGGCUUGGAAUCUGAAGGAGGGAAAACCUUGGAGGAUAAUGAAGUCGAAGACGUGGAGGGGGAUGAUAUAAAAGAAAUGGAAGUUGAUAAGAAAGCUGAUAAUGAAGUCAAAGACUUGAAGGAGGAUGAUAUAAAAGAAAUGGAAGUUGAUAAGAAAGCUGAUAAUGAAGUCAAAGACUUGAAGGGGGAUGAUAUAAAAAAAAUGGAAGUUGAUAAGAAAGCUGAUGGGGAGGAAGAACUAGAAGUGGAAGAGGAUAAGAAAGCUGAUGACUGUGAUGUUGUAAUUGAUGAUAACAAAGUUGGUGAUGGGGAGGAAAUAAAAGAGGAUGAGAAAGUCGAAGGGGAAAAUUUAAAAGAGGAUAAGAAAGUCAACGAAGCGGAAGAAAUAAAAGAUGAUAAGAAAGUCAAUGAAGAGGAAGAAUUAAAAGACGAUAAGAAAGUAAAUGAAAGGGAAGACUUUAAGGAGGAUAAGAAAGUUGAUGAAGGGGGGCAAUUAAAAGAGGAUAAGAAAGCCGAUGAAGGGGAAGAAUUAAAAGAGGAAAAGGGGCUUAAUGCUGGGGAGGAAAUAAAAGAUGAUAAAAAAGAUGUUGGCUUGAAAGAAUCAGAAGAUGAUGAGAAAGAUGAUUUUGUGAAUGAAACAAAAAUAAAUAAGAAAGAUGAUAAUGAGUUUGAGGAUGACAAAUUGGGGGAAGAAACCGAUGUUAAGGAAACUAUGGAUAGUAAAGAAGGAAAAGAAAGCAUUGAAGCUAAGAAACUAGCAUUAGAUGUCAUGGAAAAAGAGGAUGUCCCUGAAGACAAACAUGAGACCGGUGAAAAGGAUAAAGGUCAAGAAAAGGUUGAGGAUGUCCCUGAAUACAAAGGUGAGAGUGGUAAAAAGGAAAAAGGUCAAGAAAAGGUUGAGGAUGUCCCUGAAUACAAAGGUGAGAGUGGUAAAAAGGAAAAAAGUCAAGAAAAGGAGGAGAAUGAUAAGGUUAAGGUUGGCGAUAAGUCAACUGAAGAAGAUAUUAUAGUUGAGAAAGCAUCGAAGAAGCGUGGGAGAGGAAAGGGCAAUAUGGAGAAGGUGAAAAAGAAAGUAAAGGAACAGAAGGGGAUCCCUGAAGACAAAGAUGAAAUCAGUGAAAAGAUGGAAAGUCAAGAAGAGGAGGAGGAUGCUAAUGAUAAGGUUGACUAUAAGUCAAAUGAAGACGAUUCUGAAGACAUGGGAAUUGAGAAAGGAUUAAAAAGGCGCAGGAGACGAAACAUCCAUGAGAAGCAGGUGAAAGAGACAGAGGCAAGGACUCCUGCAAGUGCAAGUGCAACCAAUCGUCCUGUACGUGAUAGGAAAUCAGUUGAGAGGUUGGUAGAAUCAUAUGAGAGAGAUAUAUCCAAAGAAUUUUUCAUCGAUGAGGGUAGUGGUAUGCAUUUAAAAGAUAUACCCAAUGUGGCAUUUAAAUUAUCUAGAAGGAAGGUUGAUGAUACUUUAAAAUUUCUCCAUACUAUCCUCUUUUGUAGGAGAGGAAAGGCAGCUGAGGUUAAGAAAAACAUAUCAAGGUUUUCUGGUUUUGUGUGGUAUGAAAAUGAGGAAAAGCAAAUGAUUAAAGUAAAAGAAAAAUUUGACAAGUGUAAUAAAGAGAAGUUGCUGGAUAUCUGCGAUGUGCUUGACAUACAAGUUGCAAAGGCAAAUACAAGGAAGGAAGAUAUUAUUGCAAAGCUAAUAAACUUUUUGGUUGCCCCUCAUGUGAGAAGGGAUGUGUUGCUUGAAGAACAAGAAAAGCCAGUUAAAGGAAAAAAGCGCAAGCACAUAACAAAGCAAGGUUCAUCGAGAUCUGGAACAUCAACGUCAAGACGCUCUGCUAAGAGUCGGAAGAAAAAUGAAGAUUCUUCAGAUGAAGAGAGAAAUACUACAACUGACAUCGAAAGUGAUUCUGAGAAAGAAGAUGAAAAAGGUGUUCCUGACAGAUCUGAGGAUGAAAUGCCUCAGAAAUCUGAAAGUGAAGAUAGAAAUGAUUCCGAAUCCGAUAAUGAAUCUGAAGAUGUGAAGAAAAUGAGUAAAAUAAAUAAAAUAUUUUCCAGGGAGAAAGAAUUCGCUGCCAAAGGCAAAGCAAAGGAAACGACAUUUCAGAAAAAACCUCGCACGCCACGAAAGAGAACUUCUAAGAAAUCAUUCUCCACACACUCCGAGUCCGAUGAUGAUAUUAGUGAGGGAAGCCCAAAGGUUUUUUCAAGGAAGAAGAAAAAUGAAAAACAGAAAACCUCAACUUUCACCAAGUCUUCUUCCAAAGACAAUACUGCAGAGAAGGUUACUAAAAGAAAGGGCAAAAACAAAGAGAAGUCAAACCCCAGUGAUGAUCAGUUACGCAAUGCAAUAUGUGAUAUUUUCAAACAAGUUGACUUCAAUACGGCGACAUUUACCGACAUUUUGAAGCUACUCGGUAAGCAAUUCAAUAAGGAUCUCACCCCAAGAAAGGCAUCUCUAAAGAUUAUGAUUCAGAAAGAGCUAACAAAACUAGCUGAUGAAGAGGAAGAAGGGGAUGGUGAAAAUGAUGAGACUCAUACCACUAACAAAGAGGUUGAAGCAUGA